AUGUCCCUCCUCGCGUGGCUGCGGUGGAGCGAGGCCCCGCCCCGGCUGUCGGCCCGGAGCCCGGCGGAGAUGGUGCUGGAGACGCUCAUGAUGGAGCUGGCGGGGCAGAUGCGCGAGGCCGAGAGGCAGCAGCGCGAGCGCAGCCACACGGAGCGCAAGAUCUGCACGGGCGUGGACUACAGUUGGCUGGCCAGCGCGCCGCGGCCCUCCUACGACCUCAGCCCCGGUGAGCGGCUGCAGCUGGAGGACGUCUGCUCCAAGAUCCACCCGUCCUACUGCGGGCCUGCCAUCCUCAGGUUCCGGCAGCUGCUGGCCGAGCAGGAGCCAGAGGUGCAGGAGGUGGCCCGGCUCUUCCGCGCGGUGCUGCAGGAGGUCCUGGAGAGGAUGAAGCAGGAGGAGGAGACCCACAAGCUGACGCGCCAGUGGAGCCUGCGGCCCCGCGGCGGCCUGGCCAGCUUCAAGACCCGCGCGCGCAUCGCCCCCUUCGCCAGCGACAUCCGCACCAUCUCCGAGGACGUGGAGCGCGACGCGCCGCCGCCGCCCCGCACCUGGAGCCUGCCGGAGUUCCGGGCGCCCAAGACCGACUGA